CUUGCAUUUAUAAUUUCCACUUAAACCUCAGAGAUCCUUGUAUUUUUCUUUUUGCUCACUGGUUUUUGUAUCAUUCUACAAUAAUAUGAUACCCUUUUUUAACAUGUAAGAACUGCUAGUCAGUUACAGGCUAUUUUCUCACAGUUUUAUUAGUGAAUAAAAAUUUUUAAUAAAAAAAGAAAAAUUUCUGUACAUUGAAACAAUGAUUCCAGUUGUUGCGAACUGUUACUUUCGUUUGGUCUAGGUACAUACGCUCUUGCUCAUCACCUAUAAGUCGUACCACCGGUGAUUGACGACCAGUUUCAGGUUAUAUCUUGCUCUUAACCAGAACAUAUUUUGGGAAAGAUAUUUUUGUGUGUAGAUUAGUUCUGAAUUGUAAAAGUUCCGAAGGAUUGACGCCUGAAUCAAUUCUAAACUGCAUGGUUUAAAAAUCCCUUGGAAUGAAUUCAAUUGCAAAAAUAUCAGAUGAAAUAAACAAAGCAAUUCUUGCUACGCCAUUAGAAAGAUCAUCGAAAAAUGAGAAAAGUACUGCGUUUGAGGCGGAAAGUAAGGAAGAGGAAUACCACGCUCACUUUGAAGAGGAAACGCCAGUUGAAAGCAUCAUAAAAAAUCAACAGUAUGUCAAAACAAAUCUGGAAAAGGCUCCUAAUGAAGAAGAUGGUUCUGUGCAGGUUCGCCAUGCCAACAUUAUGCGAGUGAUUGCAUACUGGCUUCGCAUAUGUUUAAAACGAAUUUGCACACUGUUUUUCCAUAUUUUAAAGACAACUUUAAUGCAGUUUGUCGAUGAAAAUAAAAAAGUCACAUUUUUCAGCUUUCUUUGGGGCUUUUGUCGUAUCAUCUUCUUUCCUGCCUUUCAAACCGCUAGACGUCGUCGGAGAACUCUCCCUACUCGUCCUAAACGUCCAAAGAUGUAUUCAUCUUACUCAACUCCAUCUUUUCGUCAAAACCGUUAUCCCAACUUUCGUUCCGAGUCCAACGUUCUUUCCCAUAGCACACCUCUCGUCCGUCACUUACUUCCUGAUUCUAUAACUGAAGAAGAUAUCGUUACCGUCUCUGAUCCCAUAAGUCAACAACCAGAAGAAUUACCAUCUAAAAAGAUCGGCCAUAACACCCAGGGUCCUGUUAUCAGUCCAAAUUCGUCACCUUCCUUUCCUUCAUCUUCCUCCUCUUCAUCAUUAUCGCAUCGUCCUAAUGUUUCCGCCUCUUUUACUAUAAUUAAUGAUCCACUCAAGUCGCCAUCUGCAUCAAAUAUGCGCAUUCGCAACAUCACUCUUUGCGCCGACAGAAUUCCAAGACCUUUGCUUUCCAAUAAACUUCCAAAGAAGACUUUAGUUCUUGACUUGGAUGAAACCUUGAUUCAUUCAGUUUCUCGCGGUAGUAGAACUACCUCUGGUCAACCGAUAGAAGUACAUGUUCCUGGCGAGCACCCAAUAUUGUAUUACAUACACAAACGGCCUCAUUUGGAUUAUUUUUUGGCGAAUGUCAGCGAGUGGUUUCAUUUGGUCUUGUUUACGGCUUCCGUGCAACCGUAUGCAGAUCCCAUUAUCGAUUAUCUUGAACGAGACAAGAAGCUUUUCGUAGAGCGUUAUUAUCGUCAGCAUUGCACGCUUGUGAAUAGCUCUUUUGUUAAAGACCUAAGUGUAUGUAAAAUUCAUUUAUCACGUAUUAUGAUAAUCGACAAUUCCCCUGCCAGCUAUGACAUUCAUAAGGAGAAUGCUAUUCCGGUGGAGGGUUGGAUUAGCGAUCCUAGCGACGUUGAUCUAUUAAAUUUGUUAUCUUUCUUGUAUGCUUUGCAAUAUGUUCAGGACGUCCGUGCCCUUCUUAGGCUUCGGCUUGCCAAGUAAUGGCUUUUGUUUUAAUGAUAUCUUGAGUUCAUUGGCGUUUCUUUUCGUUUUGGUUAUUUAAAUUUUACUUUCUUUUUUCUUGUUACUUUAUAAUUUGCGUUCAGAACAUUUCUAAGAGCUUACCUACUAAGCCCUUUAAUAUGCUUUGACUAUAUGAUCGUUUAUUACUUUCAGCACUAUUUAUAUAAUGGAAACAAUCCUUCUGCAAAAACUUACAAUGUUCUUGAAACAUACUUCGUAAAUUAUCAAGUAGUAACUGAAGGAAUGCAAUAGCAU